AUGGCGGAAUCUGAGUACCGGUGCUUUGUUGGUGGACUUGCCUGGGCCACCGAUAACGACGCUCUCGGCAAAGCGUUUUCCACCUUUGGCGAAAUCGUCGAAUCGAAGGUUAUCCAUGAUCGUGAAACCGGAAGAUCGAGAGGAUUUGGAUUUGUUACGUUUGCAUCGGAGCAAUCGAUGAAAGAGGCAAUUGAAGGGAUGAACGGUCAGGAUCUGGAUGGACGUAACAUCACUGUGAACGAGGCGCAAAGUCGCGGCAGUGGAGGUGGUGGUGGUGGAGGUGGAUACCGUGGAGGUGGUGGAGGAUAUGGAGGUGGAGGCGGUUAUGGAGGUGGAGGCGGUGGAGGUUAUAGCCGUGGUGGAGGAGGUGGUGGAGGUGGUUACGGAGGUGGUGGUGGUGGACGGGACCGUGGUUAUGGAGACGGUGGAUCUCGGUACUCGAGAGGAGGUGGUGGAGGUGGUUCCGAAGGAGACUGGAGGAGUUAA